AUGUCACCUCAUGACUCCCUCAAUAUGAACCAGAGUGGCCCUCCCUCUAAAUCUGGUCAUACAAUCCAGUUUUGGGGCAUUUUUGUCGCUCUAUGUAUUCUUUCUUUCAUCUCGGCCCUCGAUGUCGCUAUUAUCACCACAGCCCUCCCCACUAUCACGGCCGAGAUCGGGGGUGCCAAUAUAUAUGUUUGGAUCGCGAAUUCUUUCGUGCUGGCUUCGUCGGUGUUACAACCACUCUGUGGUCAACUUGCAAAUAUAUACGGGCGUCGCAUACCCUUCAUAGGCUCCAUUGUGCUCUUUACGCUGGGUAGUGGCAUUGCCGGUGGUGCAAUAAACGCAGGAAUGCUAAUAGCAGGCCGCACAAUACAAGGUAUCGGGGCUGGAGGUAUAUAUGUGCUGAUUGAUAUCGUUUGUUGCGACUUAGUCCCUCUUCGAGAACGUGGGAAAUAUUUAAGCUUGAUGUUUUCAUGGUCUGGAGUGGCGGCUGCAUUGGGGCCAGUUGUUGGUGGAGCUCUCGCUGAAGCAAACUGGCGUUGGAUAUUUUACCUGAACAUCCCAAUUUGCACCGUAACGCUGGUGAUAUUACUGCUCUUUAUGAGAGUAAAGACUACAAAACUUGCCGACUCUGGAUUAAGCCAAAUAGAUUUUCUUGGAAAUCUCAUCUUUAUCCCGAGUAUGAUAUCUCUCCUUCUUGGCCUGGUUACUGGAGGUAUCGAGCACCCUUGGUCUAGCUGGCGCAUUAUUCUUCCAUUGGUACUAGGUAUCGCAGGCUGGAUCUGCUUCCAUAUCCAGCAAAGCUACUCCAGCCAUCCAAGCGUACCUCCACACUUGUUUAGCAACCGUACGUCGGCCGCUGCGUACCUGUUAACAUUCUUGUCGUCCGUCCUAGUCCAAGCUAUCUCAUAUUUCCUCCCUAUUUACUUUCAGGCAGUCCAUGGUACAACAACCUUGCGCUCUGGUAUCAACUUUCUCCCGUUUGCAAUCAGUACCUUAGGCUCAGCGGUUAUAUCCGGUAUACUGUUAAGUAAAUUCGGUGCUUAUCGACCAAUCCAUGCAGUAUCUUUCGCUCUGUCUGCUAUCGGGUUCGGGCUUUUGACUCUUUUGAACGGCCACACGAAAGUUGUAUCUUGGGUUUUCUUCCAAUUAAUUGCAGGUGCAGGCUCAGGAACAAUAUUAUCUGCCUUGUUACCGGCCAUUAUGGCGGCUCUUGCAGAAUCCGAUGUCGCAUCAUCAUCUGCCACGUUCAGCUUCGUUCGAACCUUCGGGUACAUCUGGGGAGUAACCAUCGCCUCCAUAAUAUUCAACGGACAGUUCAACAAGAACCUACCAUUGAUAUCCUCACCAGCUCUGAGGGAUCAGUUGAAGAAUAGCGCGGCAUACUCGUUUGCAAGCCAAGCCCAUAGGCUUCGAACAAUUAUUCCUGAGUCCGUGUGGAACGAGGUUGUGGGAGUGUAUGUUAAAAGUCUAAGAGCAAUCUGGUGGGUUGGGUUAGGAUUUAGCAUUGUCGGCUUGUUUGUGGUUGCAUUGGAGAAAGAUUUGAAACUGAGAGAGGACCUAAAAACAGAAUAUGGCAUCGAGGAUGAGAAAGAUAGCAGCUCACCUACGGAUGAGGAAAGUGGCCUUGAAAUGAAUUAA